GUUGUCACGACUUCAGCAGGGCUAUUUGUGGUGCACUUAAGGUGCAUUCACAGAUAUAGAUAAGUUCAGGUAAGCUCCUGCCUCUGCCUCACCUUUGAUUUGCAUGUUGCCUCUGAGCAGCCUAACAUUUGUGUUUUUGCCAUGCAUUUGUACAGCACCAAGCACAGCUGAGCCCUGUUUUCAUGGACAGGCUCACUGACCUCGAUAACCUUUGACAGCAGAGUUACACGCCUGGACCAGAAAUACCUAUCAGGCUAAUUACCUGAGUCUACAGGAGCAAUUUUGAAAAGCACUCGAGCAAGAUUAAACGAACAGCUACUGUUAAUUAAAAACUAUUUGGGGUACAGGUGCUAUAUAAAGCUCCCAAAUGACCCCAGCCCCACAGCUUAUGGGUGCAUGCAGCCAGAUUCUGGACCUCCUCUUUUAUCUCUCACUCUCAAAGUUUUCCUCGCCUGCAGCCUGUUUGCUGGAGAGCACUGAUUCCCUCCUCCUCAGCUGGAGGUGGGCAGGUCUGACUACAGCAAAUACCCAAACACGCCGUGCUCCCCCUCUGCUUCAUCAAGCGCUGCUCCUCGGCGUCGGUGGUCACCAGCAGCAAAAAGCUCAGCGAAGGCUGCUCAGAGGGCUGGGGGAAGGGCGGCAGCAGCAGCGAACAAAUCGAGCAGCCAAAGAGCCCCGGCGCAGAGAGAGGAGCUAGCAGGGCAGGCAGGCAGGCUGGGUGUUCUGUGCAUCCCUUGCAUCCCUACCGGAGCUCUCUGCAGCUCUCCUGUAUCUCUCGUGAGUGAGCGCAAGUGUCCAUCCGUACCCCGGGAAAGAGCAUCUUCCUAGCGGGAAGAGCUGAGAAGCGGGGAAAGAAUGGGAAGAAUAUAAAUCAUCAAAUACCCUCCUGAAAAGAGGGAGAGAAAGGAGCCGAGGGGAAUGAAGCCGGAGGAUCCGGAGACUCGGAGAGGAAAAGUUGCCCCGACGGGAGACGCUGCGUACUAAAGCCCGAGCUCUGCUCCACGAUGGGAUUUCUCGUGUCUAAGGGAAACCUCCUUCUCCUGCUGUGUGCCAGCAUCUUCCCCGCUUUCGGCCACGUGGAAACGCGAGCCCACGCAGAGGAACGUCUCCUGAAGAAACUCUUCUCCGGUUAUAACAAGUGGUCCCGUCCUGUCGCCAACAUUUCAGAUGUGGUCCUGGUCCGAUUUGGCUUGUCCAUAGCCCAGCUCAUCGAUGUUGAUGAGAAGAACCAAAUGAUGACCACAAAUGUGUGGGUGAAGCAGGAAUGGCAUGACUACAAGCUGCGCUGGGACCCCCAGGAGUAUGAAAAUGUCACAUCCAUCCGGAUCCCCUCAGAGCUCAUCUGGAGGCCAGACAUUGUCCUCUAUAAUAACGCUGAUGGUGACUUUGCAGUCACCCACCUGACCAAAGCCCACCUCUUCUAUGAUGGGAGAAUUAAAUGGAUGCCACCUGCCAUCUAUAAAAGCUCCUGCAGCAUCGAUGUUACCUUCUUUCCCUUUGAUCAGCAAAACUGUAAAAUGAAAUUUGGCUCUUGGACAUAUGACAAAGCUAAGAUAGACUUGGUGAGCAUGCACAGCCACGUGGACCAACUGGACUACUGGGAAAGCGGGGAGUGGGUCAUCAUCAAUGCUGUGGGCAAUUACAACAGCAAGAAAUAUGAAUGCUGCACAGAGAUCUACCCUGAUAUAACUUACUCUUUCAUUAUCCGGAGGCUGCCACUGUUCUACACAAUCAAUUUGAUCAUUCCCUGCCUGCUUAUCUCCUGCCUGACCGUCCUAGUCUUCUACUUGCCCUCUGAGUGUGGAGAGAAGAUAACCUUGUGCAUCUCUGUGCUGCUGUCCCUCACGGUGUUCCUGCUGCUCAUCACAGAGAUCAUCCCUUCUACCUCCCUGGUCAUCCCCCUGAUAGGAGAGUAUCUGCUCUUCACCAUGAUAUUUGUCACCUUGUCUAUCAUCAUCACUGUCUUUGUGCUCAACGUGCACCACCGUUCCCCACGUACCCACACGAUGCCUGACUGGGUGAGGAGGGUCUUCCUUGACAUAGUCCCACGUCUCCUCUUCAUGAAGCGGCCCUCCACAGUGAAGGACAAUUGCAAGAAGCUUAUCGAAUCUAUGCACAAAAUAACCAACUCACCAAGGCUUUGGUCCGAGGCCGACAUGGAGCCCAACUUCACUACCUCAUCCUCCCCCAGCCCCCAGAGUAAUGAACCUUCACCCACAUCAUCCUUCUGUGCCCACCUUGAGGAGCCGGCCAAGCCCCAGCCUAUGUGUAAAUCCCCUUCUGGACAGUACUCAAUGCUGCACCCUGAGCCCCCACAGGUGACGUGCUCCUCUCCGCAGUCCUCCUGCCUCCCCCUGAGUGACACCCAGACCACAUCCAUCUCCAAAGGCAGAUCGCUCAGUGUUCAGCAGAUGUACAGCCCCAAUAAGACAGAGGAAGGGAACAUCCGCUGUAGGUCCCGCAGCAUCCAGUACUGUUACCUGCAGGAGGACUCUUCCCAGACCAAUGGCCACUCCAGUGCCUCUCCAGCAUCGCAGCGCUGCCACCUCAAUGAAGAGCAACCCCAGCACAAGCCCCACCAGUGCAAGUGUAAGUGCAAAAAGGGAGAGGCAGCUGGCACACCGACUCAAGGAAGCAAGAGUCACAGCAACAAAGGAGAACACCUCGUGCUGAUGUCCCCAGCCCUGAAGCUAGCAGUGGAAGGGGUCCACUAUAUUGCAGACCACCUGCGAGCAGAAGAUGCAGAUUUCUCGGUGAAGGAAGACUGGAAGUACGUAGCGAUGGUCAUUGACCGGAUCUUCCUCUGGAUGUUCAUCAUUGUGUGUUUGCUGGGGACCGUUGGGCUCUUCCUCCCGCCGUGGCUGGCAGGAAUGAUCUAAGCACAGCUACAGAAUGAGGAAAUACAUCCUGCCCUGUGGGUCUUAGUUCACCUGGAAGGAGAUGAGCAGAGAAAUGGAGCCGGCCCUUUGAAUUAUUCACUGCGUGUCCGCGCAUGAGUUGUUCCACAGCACACUGGGAACACGUUCUGAAGUCACAUCAUUUUGCCAAGCCAUUUUCAUGUCCUCCAUCUAUUUUAGGGGAAAAGUUCUCAUUAAAGUUUGUACAUAGCAUGGUGCCAUUCACUGGCAUAUACUCAGCAGUGUAAGGCCACGAGCUUGCCCCCUAAAGCAGCACAUGCAGAGGCUUUGCGUAUACAAACCAGCAAAUUUGCUCCGCUCGUCAUCAGAGGUCUCCGUGUGCCUGUGUAACCUUGCCCUGUCCAGCUGAAGUGGAUUGGGGUUGCUUGCCCCUGUAUGAGUCAUUUUAUAAAUAAAGUUCCAGCUUGGGAUACCCGUGCUGGAUGUGUCUGUACCAUAUGGGAGGGGCUGAAGGAAGCAGCUCAGUCUCACUAGGGACAACUGGCAACGUUAGCCCACCAAAACACAGUGCUUGUAGUUUUCAUAUUGGCAGGGUUUCUUUGGCCAAGACCCUUCAGAAGUCACGGAGAUGAGGGACAUCAUCUCUCAGUGAGGCUCAGACAAAGCAAGGGAGAUUUGCAUCUUCCUCUGCAGCUCUUUCCCAUGCUGCAAGUCUCCCCUCCAUGCCUGCCGUUUCCCUGAUUGGCUGGAAGAAGUUACUUAAUGAGCAUCAGGUGCUGAACUCGCACAAAUAGAUCACCUUGUUCACUGGUGCUUCAGCAGCCUUGUUUUUCUCAGCUUUCUCAUAGCCCAUUCAGCUCAGCAUCCCCUCUGUUUGGCACUUAGAAAUGCACAGCUCCCAUUUCCACUGCUGGCUGCCAGCUGGGAAAAGCACAGCAGCACUCAGUGCCACAUCUCCCUGUUUGCUUCCACAGGCAGAAGGGCUUACAAACAGCUUACUAAACUGCACGAGGAACAGCAGAUACAGCCCAAAAACACAGCCUUCGCAUGAGACUGCAUGGCUGUGUGACUCAGAACCCAGGCGUCCCCCUGCAGCCCACAUUGCAGUCAGUGCACACGAACCCUUUGGGCUGCAGGGAAUUUGCUUCCCAGCAGCUCUAGCAGCCCCAGCUUUGGUGGAUGCACAGCUCACACCCAGAGCUGUAUGAGCUUGAGAGGCUUACUCACAUCCAGAGUGCUAGGAGUUGCUGAUGACAGCAGUGCUGGGCUGGGGACCUGACCUGGUAGGUGGCAGUCAGCCCAAAGAUGGGGUUGGAACCUGGAGGUCUUUAGGGUCCCUUCCAACCCAAUCAUUCUAUGGUUCAGUGAUACUGCACUCAGUUCAGGAAGGACAGCAAAUCUUGUAAACCUAUAUAUCCCUGGAUGCAAUCAAGGCCAGGUUGGAUGUGGCUCUGAGCAGCCUGGUCUAGUGGCUAGUGACCCUGCCCAAGGCAGGGGGGUUGAAACGAGAUGAUCAGUAUGGUCCUUUUCAACACAGGCCAUUCUGUGAUACUAUGAUACCAGCUCCAGUUCAUAAUGUCUACUAAUUACAAUUCGUUCUUUGUACUGUUUUUAUAAAAAAGGUGAGGGCUUCAAUAUUCUGUGCACCAUGCAUCCUAAUAUAUGGACAUUAGUUAUACCAGAGAGAAAUAUUUUCAUUCUACUUAUAAUUGCAAGAAUUGCAAUAACUGUUGGCACACUCAGUAUUGAGUCUAAAGACUGAAAACAAAGAAUUUUCACAUUUUAUCUAUCUUGGAAGGACUGGAGUUGAACCAUUUCAAAAACAGUACAUCAAAAUUCGAGGACAAGAUAAAAUCAAAGCAGUGAUCACCCUGGUUGGCCAAUGCCAUCAAUCCCACCUGCUUUUCCUCUUGUCACAGCCUUGGCCAUGUGCCCUCCAUCCAUGCAGCUGGCAGAAACUGCAGUCCUGGCAUGGUGCUGCAGCCAGGGAGUUGAUGGCUCUUUGCUUGUUUUCAGAAUAGAGACUCACUCUUUAGAGAUGCUAAUUUAUCCUUUUUCACAGUCAGUGAGCUUGCUUAUGGCAACGAAAAGAAAACAAACAACGAAACAUCUUCAAGGUCUAGUGCAUAAUUGCACCAACGCAGCUGCAGCCUGCGUGGAGGUCAUGGGCUGCGCUGCAGACAAGCUGGGCUCCCAUUUUCAGUGCAAAAUACAUGAAGGUGGGAGAAAUUCUGACCCCGGGGUAUUGCUGGGUCCUGGGCAGUGCCCAGGGGCUGCUCAGAGCUCAGUCUGCAAUGUAGGAGCCCAUGAGCAUCGGGGCAGUGGAGCAGGUGUGGGCUUGGCUGUGUGCAUCCGCAGCCAUAUAACCAUCCCAGCUGGCCGACCUGCCACAGACAGACCCCUGCCUAACACAGGGGAAUGAUUCGGGUGCAGUAGUAGGACUAGGAAAGGUUUAAGGACAGAUUCAAGAUCUAAAUGUCUUCUUGUGAGAUUCUGCAAAGGCAAGUAUAGUUUCCACUUUGCUCACAGCAAACGUGCCACCUCAGCCCACCACCUUCUCUGCAAAAAGUGAUUAUCAGUGCACACAAUAGCAUCUCCAGGGGAGCAUUGCACUGUGACAGCACAGGAGCCUGGCAAGGGCACAGCAAUGCAAUCCAGUCCUGGCACAGUUGCCCUGCCACCCUGGGCUGCCCACACACAUCUGCUCCAUUAGCACAUCGAAAUGCCAGGUGUGAUGGGGAGCGCAGAGGAUGUGGCUGUGUCCCUGAAGACUCAGUGACACUGUGGGAUCACAGGGUUUGGCAGAGCAAGAUGAGAAGUGACAGCUGAAACCGGCUACGGAGAUGUUAGUGGCAUUUGGAAGAAGCUCAGAUGAUGCAGGUCACUGGUUUCCUCUGGUGUUGCUAACAUCACAACAUUUCUCAUGUAGUGGCAGCUCCAUUUCUUCUCACAUGGCAUUAAUAUUUCCCCAGUUUAAAGUUCAAAUAAUGUCUUGCUUUCUGCUUCCAAUGUGCCUUCUGGUAAAAUCCAAGGGGAGAAAACAAGAAUCAUGCCCCAUCACUCUGUCUUGGAUGGAUUAUUCCACUCUGGAGAUUGCUAAGGAGGAUGGUAUCCCUUCACAGAAUUCAAUGAUCAGAAAUUGGAAUAAAACUGAGAUGUGAACCAGACUGUAACUGUGGAAAAAUGAAUAAUUCUGCUAUUCCAACCUCAUGUAAAGCAAAGAGAGAUUUACAUUUUCUGGAGUCUUUCAUAUGUGCACUCACCCUGCCUAAGUCAUCCCCCCAGCCAUACAACACUGGGGGGGUAUUUCAUCUGCAGCUGGUUGGUAGGAUGAGCUAUAUAAUCUGUAUUUCCUCAGCUGUUUUCAGGGCAAUUGUCCAUAAUACCAUCUCCAUCUUCAGUGAGCUAAUCCACAUAACCUAUAUCACCUCCUUUUUGCUUAAGUUUCUCUCUAAACACUUACCUAGAAACCAGACUCAAAUAAAUUCACUUGCAUAGGGACAGGCAGGCAGAAGGAUGUAUGUGAGAUGACAGACACAUAUGGAGCUAAGGAUCAUCCCUUGUAACAGCCCCACCUACCUUGAUAGCCCCUCUGGGCUCUGCCUCACUGCAGUGAUGCGUUUUUAUAAAAUCUCCUGUCCCACCCAAAAUCUCUUUUUGGUCUCCAGACCUUUAUAUUUGGGAAAACCAAGCUGUUGAGCCCUGGAGAGAGCCUUCUCAGAGCUGCUUGUUAGCAAUAUUGCUAGUUAGUCCUCCGUGCGUAUUUUAUCUUACCCCUGAGGCUGAUUUAAUGAUGCUUGUAGCCAAAAAAAUCUGUCUCUGAAAGGUCCUCAGCCUCUGCCAGCAUGUGGCUGCACCAGGUGGGCCAACCUCUGCAGCAGGGAUAGAAACCAGAUUUUAUCGUAAUUUACAAACAUCUAAAGAUGUAAGAAAGUCUGAAAAUAUGACGUCACGUUACACACUGUGUGGAAAAAAGUCUCUGUAAUGAUUGCUUAGGGUGUAAGUGAUAAUGAGAAAAUCAAGACAGAUUUUCCAUAAGGACUGAGAAGAGGGGGAAGUAAACGGGCAUUCCUUUGCAAAGUGGGGAAAGAAUAGGAACUGGUGGGAUUUCACAGGGACAUGCUAAAUUUGUGCACUGAGAUUAAUUCAGAAUUAUCUAAAAAA